AUCAUUGACGCCCCUCCCCGGCAGCGGUCCUCCCUCGUGAAGGCGCAGUUAGUCCAGAAAAGCCUGGAUAUUAGAAUAGAACAUUAAAGCGGACGGACUCUUCCUUCUGUUUCUUCUUCCUCCUGUGUGUGUGAGGUAGUAUUUGGACUAUGUGUGCGCCGGGGGUUUGACGCGGCUGGUCGUUUUUCCGCGGUCGGACUGAGAUGCAUCCCCGGAGCGUUGAACCUGCUCCAUCCCGCACACAAAGCCUGUGAAGCAGGCCGUGUUUUCCUCCUCUGAAAGGCCGCCUGAUGAUGAGCAGACAUGUCCGGGAACCACUACAAAGGCCACGAAGUCAGCUGCUGCAUCAAAUACUUCAUUUUUGGAUUCAACAUCCUGUUUUGGCUGCUGGGCAUGGCCUUAGUUGGAAUUGGACUGUGGGCGUGGAGUGAGAAGGGCGUCCUGUCCAAUAUCUCGUCCAUCACAGACCUGGGAGGUCUGGACCCAGUCUGGCUCUUCAUGGUAGUCGGCGGGGUCAUGUUCAUUCUGGGCUUUGCCGGAUGCAUCGGAGCGCUGCGGGAAAACACCUUCCUGCUCAAGUUUUUCUCUGUUUUCCUGGGAAUCAUCUUUUUCCUGGAGUUAACGACAGGAGUCUUGGCCUUCGUCUUUAAGGACUGGAUUAAAGACCAACUGAACCUGUUCAUCAACAACAACAUUCGGGCGUACCGGGAUGACAUUGAUCUACAGAACCUCAUUGACUUCACUCAGGAAUAUUGGGAAUGCUGUGGUGCAUUUGGAGCAGAUGAUUGGAACCUGAACAUCUACUUUAACUGCACUGAUGGGAAUCCCAGUCGGGAAAAGUGUGGAGUUCCCUUCUCCUGCUGCACCAAGGAUCCAGCGGAGGAUGUAAUAAACACUCAAUGUGGAUACGACAUUCGAGCUAAGCCAGACUCGGAGCAGAAGGACUACAUCAACGUAAAAGGCUGCGUGCCGCAGUUUGAGAAGUGGCUGCAGGACAACCUCACCCUGGUCGCUGGGAUCUUCAUAGGAGUUGCACUACUACAGAUUUUCGGUAUUUGUUUGGCCCAAAACUUAGUGAGUGACAUCGAAGCUGUGCGGGCGAGCUGGGUGCCCCCCCCUCUCUCCAUGCGCCGACUCCCACCUCACUCCAGCAAGAAAGCAUCGGCUUACUACAAAUGAGACACACACACACACAUAUGCUGUGUUUGUAGCCGUUUUUUUACCUAACCAUGAAGCAGCACUACAUUUCUAACAGGUAAUAUCCCUUUUUAUUCAACUAGACCAGGGAUUCUUUAAAAUGACUUCUGGGUCAUAUUAACGGUACUGAAAGCAGUGUUUUGUCUGGUGUUUUUGUCAGCUCUGGGUCUUUGAACGCGCCUCGAGGACUUCACCGAUCACCUGCACCAUUUUGUUCAAUGAACCAGCACCUUCUUACAAGCACUAACGCGUGACACGGUCUGUACAUAAUGACACUGUGUGUGACUACUGUAUGAAGAGAAUCGUCCCAGAGGAGGGGGUCAACGUGCACUACAUGCUCCAGUUUUGAUAGCUACGUGUAGGAGUUUUGAUACAUCUUUUUGAUAUUAGAUCGGUAUUUUUCACUGUGGAAAUUAUGCUCCGUUGUUAAACCUGUCAUAUAGACUGCAAAAUAGUUAGUGGGAGGUGUGCUUCAAAAAAAAAAAAAAAAAGUUGUGCUUUCAUUGCAUUACAUUCACCAUUUUCCCCACAUGGAGGCACUUGUGAGCAACAGUUCCACUAGAUUUAGGAGGAAAUCUCUUUGAAUUAACCGACAAACUACUUCGUAACGGUGAGAUACAACAAAUU